GCAUCUCCACCCAAACAGCAGAAAACCGGUCUCUGAGGUUCCACCAAAAUAUGGAACUUGAUUUUGGACAUUUUGACGAAAGAGAUAAGACAUCCAGGAACAUGCGGGGCUCACGGAUGAAUGGGCUGCCGAGCCCCACUCACAGCGCCCAUUGUAGCUUCUACCGAACCCGAACCUUGCAAGCUCUUAGCAACGAGAAGAAAGCCAAGAAGGUACGUUUCUACCGCAAUGGGGACCGCUACUUCAAGGGGAUUGUGUACGCUGUGUCCUCUGACCGUUUUCGCAGCUUCGAUGCCUUGCUGGCUGACCUGACUCGAUCUCUGUCUGACAACAUCAACUUGCCUCAGGGAGUGCGUUACAUUUACACCAUUGAUGGAUCCAGGAAAAUCGGAAGCAUGGAUGAACUGGAGGAAGGGGAAAGCUAUGUUUGUUCCUCAGACAACUUCUUUAAAAAGGUGGAGUACACCAAGAAUGUCAAUCCCAACUGGUCUGUCAAUGUGAAAACAUCUGCCAAUAUGAAAGCCCCCCAAUCCCUGGCAAGCAGCAAUAGUGCCCAGGCCAGAGAGAACAAGGACUUUGUGCGCCCCAAGCUAGUGACGAUCAUCCGCAGUGGGGUGAAGCCUCGGAAGGCCGUACGUGUGCUGCUGAACAAGAAGACGGCUCACUCUUUUGAGCAAGUCCUCACCGAUAUCACUGAAGCCAUCAAGCUGGAGACUGGGGUUGUCAAAAAACUCUACACUCUGGAUGGAAAACAGGUAACCUGUCUCCAUGAUUUCUUUGGGGAUGAUGAUGUGUUUAUUGCCUGUGGUCCUGAAAAAUUUCGCUAUGCUCAGGAUGACUUUUCUCUGGAUGAAAAUGAAUGCCGAGUCAUGAAGGGAAACCCAUCGGCCACCGCUGGCCCAAAGGCAUCUCCAACUCCUCAGAAGAGUUCAGCUAAGAGUCCUGGCCCUAUGCGCCGGAGCAAGUCUCCAGCUGACUCAGGUAACGACCAAGACGCAAACGGGACCUCCAGCAGCCAGCUCUCUACCCCCAAGUCUAAACAGUCACCCAUCUCCACGCCCACCAGUCCUGGCAGCCUCCGGAAGCACAAGAAACUCAUUGGCAAAUCCAAGAGUGACAAACACAAGUGCCCCUUGUCUCCCGAUCUCAAGAAUGCUGGAGGAUCUUGGGAGGGCGACAAGGCAGCUCCCACGCCUCGCUCUUCACUCCCAAUCAAGCCCCCAGUUUAUCGUCUAGCACCAGUUCUGGCUGUCAAGGGGGAGAAACACCAGCAACUCGUAAUUCUGACAUCAGAUGCUUAG